UUUAAAAUCAAAAUUCAAAACGCCAGGAACUGGGAACAUCAAAAGUCAAAACAUUGUUAUAUGUUUAUUUACACGGAAACGACAUUACAUUAUAGCCUCUAAUUUUUAUAUUUAAAAUAAAAAUAAUUAGAAUAAAAGUUAUCUUGACAGUUUUCUACAAAGCCACCAAGGAUUGUUUUAUUUAUAAAAAAACAUUUAAUUUAAUAACCAGCAAGGAAAUUUUCUUGUAUGCCUCUUCACGUUUAUGAAUACUUCAUUACUUCUUAACUAGUCAAUAUGGUCCGCAGACUUCGUGAACAAAGUACUACAGAAGAUGAAAUAGUAAUUGAUACAUCACCACAAAAAAAGCAUAAGCGACAUAAGCAUAAGAAGAAAAAAAGAAAGCCUGAUUAUGAGUAUGAUAGUGAUACCUCUAUUGAUGUGUCCCAUGAAGAUGUACUGGAUAAGCCAUAUAAAAUAAAAAGUAGAAAAGAAGCCCCUGGCACAGCUGCUGAAUUACUAAAGGCUCAAACUAUGAAAUCAUCUGAUUAUCGUAAGUCUAUGCCAGGAUCUUCAUCAACCACUCCCCCAAAAGUGCCCUCCAAGAAAAAGAAAGGUAAAGGUCGUGAUAGUGGUACAUCUAGCGAAGAAGAGAGAUGGUUGGAUGCCAUUAAGUCAGGCAAACUGGAAGAAGUUGAUGAAGAAUUAAAGAAAAUAAAACCAAAAGACCCCAAAAUGAUGACUGCUAGACAAAGAGCAAUGUAUGAAAGAGGUACUGACAAAGAAACUAGCCCCGGUGGAGAAGUGUUACUUGCUUUACCUUCUGGAUACAAAGAAAAAGUGAUGACUGCAGAGGCUCUUCAAAAAGCUGCUUUAAAGUCACAAAAACGAAAACAAUUAGCAGAUGAAAAACGAGAAAAGGAUAAAAAGAAAACUAUGGAUCGACUUCUAAAAAAGCAAGAAUCAAAAAACCUUAAAAACGCUCACAGGGGCAAACCAACAAGGAAACAAGAACCAAUGAUUGUUUAUAAAAAUAAUAAUAACACAAUAACUUUAACUUUUCCACCAGGAAUGGAAAUUCCUCUAACAUGUAAGGCUACUAUUGACCAACCAAAGGCUUUAAAAUGUGGGAUUGAAGGCUGUAAUAAUGAUAAAAAAUAUAACUGCUCCAAAACUGAUGUACCACUUUGUAGUUUAGAAUGUUACAAAAUUAAUAUUGCACUUCAACAUUAAUAAAGCGCUGCCUGUUUAGUUUAUUAUAUGCUUGGAGAAGGAUGUUCUUGGUUUGACUUUUAGGUAAUAUGUGUUCAUCAUUCAAUAAAACCAUUAUGUAUACAUAUUGUUUUCGUAAUACUAAAGUGAUAUAGAAGCCUAUUUAAGAUUUACAAAUUGUAUUGGACAUAUAUUUGAGAAAUUAAACAAAUACCAUACA